GAAAUGGUUCUGUGACUUGAAAAUCGAGAAGGCGGAGCAUAAGAAAGAGGAAAGAAACGGCACCGAGUUAGUCUGUGUCUGGGUUCUUUGCGCAUCUGUCGCCGAGCUUUAAAAGAGUGAAAAUGGAGAUGGAGUCAUCAAAAUGGUGGUGGAUUGGAAAUCACAACACGACAAAUUUCUCUCCAUGGCUUCAUUCUACUCUCUCCGAAUUGGAUGAAAAGACAAAGGAAAUGCUGAGAGUGAUUGAUGAAGAUGCGGAUUCUUUCGCCGCACGAGCUGAGAUGUAUUACAAGAGAAGGCCUGAGCUUGUAGCUAUGGUGGAAGAGUUCUACCGUUCACAUCGCUCGUUGGCCGAGAGGUACGACUUGUUGAGACCCUCUUCUGUGCACAAACAUGGCUCUGAGAGUCAUGAGAAAUCAUCAACUUGUGAUGAGUCUUCUUGGUCCGAGGCUUGUGAGAUUCAUGAGGAGUACGCAGAGUCUGAAGUAGAUGAUGGUGAAAUCAAAUGGGCCGAUGAAGGUGAACUAGAUGGCAUUGUUGAGGAAACAGAGUCAUCUCAAGUCGAUUAUGGUGGGGCUAAUGGAAAUUUUGAGAUGAUGAAGGAAAUAGAGAGGCUGAGAGAGGAGAAUAAGGUUUACAGUGAAAUGGUGAGAGAGAAAGAUGAAGAGAAGAGAGAAGCUAUAAGGCAGAUGAGUUUAGCAAUACAAAUGCUUAAAGAAGAGAACUCAGGUCUCAAGAAAUGUGUUUCCACUGUUGUUGCAAGGCGUAACAAGGAAGGUGGCGAUUCUCAAAGGAAGCAACAGAUGUGGAAGCCAUUCGAGUUUAAGAAGAUUAAGCUUGACGGUUUUUUGGGGAGAGUAGUAGGUAACUGGGUCCUCCCAAAGACGGAUUCUACUUCCAGAGAGCUCAUGACUCUUUAAAAGAAAACAGAUAGAUCUGUGUGAUCAAGAAACUGCGCAACUUUCUUUAAUAAUCUUUGUACUCUGUGAAAGGUAGGGUAUACUCAAGUAGUUAGUGUUAAGGCUUCUUCAUAUGAUUAUAGUUAUAGCUAAGUCCAUGCAUCUUUGUUUUACAUUUUUCUGUAGUUCUUUUUUCUUUUAUUUAAGAGAUCUUUAGUUUAUUGUUUUUUUUCUUUUGGAAAUCAUUUUUUUUGUUCUUUAUAUUGUAAGUUUUUGUUUGUUUUGCUGUCUAAAUGGUUACAGACACAGUAAGUUUGUUUUAGAGUUUUUGA